AUGGCGGUAACCGAUGGCACAAGCUCCACUCGCACGAUCCCAACGGUCGACAUCAGUGCAUGGCUCUCGGACAGCGCCUCGGCGUCGGAGAAACAGAGGGUGGUAGACGACAUGAGCAAAGCUUGUAGCACAUAUGGCUUCUUCUAUCUUGUCGGUCACGGUAUCACCCCUGAAAUGCAAGCCAAGGCACUUGAAGUCGAUCGUCUGUUCUUCUCCUUGCCCAAAGAAAAGCGUAUGGAGGUGUGGAUUGGCAAGUCUCUGGGCAAAUCAUUCAGAGGAUAUGAGCCCGCUGGUAUGCAGACACACCAUGAAGGUCUCCUUCCAGACACCAAAGAGACUUUUAUGGUUGGCAGAGAGGUGGCACUAGAUGAUCCUGAUUGUGGUACAUUCUCCACAGGCCCGAAUCUCUGGCCGACAUCUCUGCCAGAUGACCAGUUCCGCAUCCCCAUCUUAGAAUACCAAGCCAAGAUGCUUGACCUUGUCGGCAUCUUACUGAAGAUCCUGGCACAGGGACUGCCUAAGGAAUGGAACUGUCCAGAAGAUGUCUUUGACAAUCUUACCGUCGAUCCUUCCAUCCCUAUGCGAUUUCUUCAUUAUGCAGCUCAACCACAGCGCCCCGAGAAUCAGUUUGGCGUAGCUGACCACACUGAUUUUGGCUGCGUUUCGGUGCUACUGCAGGAACCAGGAACUAAGGGGCUUGAAGUUUGGUAUCCGCCUACCGAGGAAUGGGUGCCGGUUCCGGUCAAAGAGGGCGCGUUUGUCAUUAAUAUGGGUGACAUGAUGCAAAUCUAUACCGCGGGUUAUUACCGCAGUGCACGCCACCGAGUGCUUACAAAUACAGACAAGGAGAGACAUAGUGUAGCCUUUUUCUUAAACGGCAAUUUGAAAUUAGAGUGUAAGCCACUGGAUGGGUCUGGAGGAGAAACGAUUGUUGGGGAGCAUAUCCGGCAAAGAUUGGUUGAUACGAUGGGAAAGGCUGGCGAGGUGCUCCAGUAG